ACAAGAAGGGGCUUUCAGAAUUCUGUGAAUUUGACGUUAUUUUGUAUGUCCCAGUAUUGCAAACAUCUUCUGACACUGCUUGUCUAUAUCCGGCCUCUUCCGUGCUACUGGAACCGGAACCUACUCACUUCCCAUUAAGAGUGGCAAUUUUUCUUCGGAACAUACCUCCAGGACAAAUAGCAUAACCCAAAAACAUCGAACACUGUUUGCUAGCGUUGAACUAAUAGGGCGAUACCAAACUGUAGCCAGGGGUGGACAGGAUUCGGUGAGAGGAAAUCCGUUCAUCCGAUGUUGCACGCGCGUACGUCCCAAAAGUCCUUGCGAGUUUCAUUCAUGAAUCGGCCAGUGGCAGAGGCUUACAAUGUGUCCGUGGACUGCUUCGCUUCUACUUCUGAAUAUCGUCUAUUUUACCGAUGCGAUCGUUAUUGAGGAAUACUGGCCAGGGAAGUCCGCUCUUACUACGGGGGAUAUUCCAACCAUCACUAAGUUCGGCAGUGUGGAAGUCAACCAGAACAAGGAUGCCGUCUUCAGGUGUUCCGCUAGAGGCGCUCUUAACAAACAACCUGGCGUUCAGGACAUGUCGCUUCAACUGCCCGAUGGAGCAGCCAUACCUCCCGCGCAUGACCCACGUCCGGUGAUUCAAGUCCAUAAGGAGCUGACGGUGACCACGGUAUAUUUUAAGGUGCAGAGCGUGAAGAAGUCGCAUGAGGGCCUUUACCUGUGCAUGGUGUCCACUGACGUGGGCAGUGGGAUGAAGGCCGCCAACCUUACCGUCAAAACCCCACCGAGCCCGAAGAGCCCCCCGGUCCUAGACGGGCGCGGCCGCACCACCCUGACCGUGCGACUCAACGCUCAUCCCUUCAUGGGAGACGGACCAAUCAAAUCACAGACACUCAUCUAUAGGGAGGUAGGCACGACGGGAUGGAACGCUAUACCCGGCGUGCACGUUCCCAGUAUCACGAUCUCGGGCCUUCAGCCCUGCACCAGCUACGAGGCGCGCCUGAUGCUGAGUCGCCCGGGACAGGGGGGGAACGGGCCGCCGGGACCCACCGCUACUUUCAGCACCGGCUGUGAUGUUUUACCUGGAAGACCACGUAAUGUCCGCGUCAUCAAACGUACCGCAAACUCGCUUAUCUUUGCCUGGGAUGCGCCCAUCGCGGAGCAAGAAAUUGCAAUCAUCAGUUAUGAGGUUCAUUUCCGGCAGCGCACCUCCUCAGACAAUGCCAACGGUUUGGAAAAGGUAGUCAACACGUCCGGGAGCGUGUACAAGUUUGAGAGACUGACGCCUUUCACGGUGUACCAGGUGGCCGUGAGGGCCUACAGUGCCGCCGGGCCAGGUAACUUAAGUACAGCCGUCAUGGGAGAGACCAAACAGGGAAAACCCUCUGCACCUAGACAAGUUGAAGCCAUUCUCCUCCCACCAACUGCGGUAGACGUCAGGUGGUUACCCCCCUCUCUGUCGAAUGGAAUAAUCCAGAACUACACCAUCAGCUACUGUGAUGUGCAGCGGAUUUUGUUGGAUGAGGACGAAGUAGUGGUGGACGGAAACAAAAGUGGACACGUCAUUACCGGGCUAAAGGAAGUGACGACAUACGUCUUCCGGGUACGAGCGUCUACACAGGGAGGUCCGGGAGAGUUCAGCACAUAUGUGUCCAACGUCACACUAAGGGAGAGACCCAUGUUUCCCCCGUCAGACGUCCAAGUUCGCCCGAUCUCUCCAAUCGCGGUUGAGGUGUCAUGGCUGCCACCAGCACGGGCCGAGUACCGAGGAUCCACGAAAAUUACCGAGUACAAGGUCAUCUACACCGACGAUCCGACCAGAUCUGAAGCCAUGUGGGAGCACCGAGUCCUCAGCAGCAGUGUACAGAGUAUGAGAAUAGAGGGGCUCAGGCCUGACACAGUUUACGUCGUCAGAGUGGCGGCAAAAACGACUAACUUUGGCCCGCUCUCAGCCAAGCUGUCAGCACGGACCUUCCAGCUAAGUCGCCCCCCGGCCCCUGAUGACGUACAGGUGACCCCUCUAACCGCCACCACAGCUGCGGUCAUGUGGUCUGUACAGGACGGGUACUACAUUGACUUCCUCAUCAUCAGAUACAGGCCUUUGGCUCCUAAGGAUGCCAGUGAACGAGAGCGUGUUGUGUAUGAUAAGACCCAGACCAGGUUUGUGCUGGAGAACCUCAUCCCCAACACGUCCUACCUGCUGAAGGUUGCAGCACGGAACCAGAAGGGGAAGGGGAGUGAGGCUGUCUUGACCUACAACAUGGGGGAUACGGCAGCCACCCACGCCGAACCCCUCUAG